AUGCCGGAAAGAAGGAAAAUCGUGAACACAAAGAGCUACAAUGCAUUAAGCCUUGCCCAGCCAACAAACUUCAAGGCCAUGCUAAACUCCGGCGAACUACUUUGGGGCACCGGAUGUCGAAUCCCUCAUGAAGAAGCGGCGCGAAUUGUUGCUGCGACGCCAUAUAACUUUUGUUUCAUAGACGCGGAGCACACGCCUCUGAAUGCGACCCUACUCGUCAAACUUAUUCGAGCCAUUCAAUUUCACUCAGAUGGAUCGAUGGUACCAUUCGUACGGAUCCCAAGCUGCUCGCCAGAGCUAGUCAACUAUGCCCUAAAUGCAGGCGCAGGAGGGGUUGUAAUGCCUCAUAUUCAAAAUGCUAAACAGGCUGAGGAAUUGGUACGCUUGUGUCGGUUUGCGCCAAUGGGAGACCGUAGCUUCCCUCCCGCUGCUCUGAUCAACGACCAACAAAAUGAAACGCCUGAAGGUAAAUCAACCUACGAUGUGUGGAACGACCAUGCCGCUGUGAUCUGUCAAAUUGAAGACCUGGAGGGGCUGGAAAAUGUUGAGGAGAUAUGCAGAGUUCCAGGUGUCGAUGGUCUUUUUGUCGGUACCGGCGACUUACGAUUAUGUAUGGACUUGGCUGCUGGAAGUCUUGAUGGAGAGGAGCCCAUUUUUACCGCCGCUCUGCAGAAGAUUCGAAGUGCUGCAAAGGCUAAUAAUCUUCCAAUUAUGGGGUUCGGUAUCUCUCCUGUUACCCUUAAGCGUAGGAUUGAGAUGGGCUGGAAUGCAUUCAUCAUUCAUGGGGAUGUUGAUGCUAUAUGCACAUCUGCCAUCCAGUCUCUGGAUACAUACUGUGAUGCUGCCGAUCACCAUCUACUUAUGCGGGGAUCAAAACUGUGA